GACCUUGCUGCCACCGCGGUGCCAGGGCGGGGGCGCCUAUGACUGCGGCCGGCCUGCGCCACUCCGCCACUCGUACUGUGCUAACGAUACGACCAACGCGCUUCCAAACUCAUAAUUCGAAUUUUCAAAAUAAGACGCGUUCGGAAUGACAGUUUGAUUUUUUAAAUCAUGUGGCUCUGGUUAGUACUCGUCGCCGCGGCCGCGGUGCUGUCGGGCGUCGAGAGCGCAGGCGCCGGCGCCGCCCGCCUCGUCUGCUACGUGGAAAGCGCGCGCGCUAUCGACGGAUUUUCCGAGUGUACACAUCUCGUUUACGCGGGCGACGCGAGAGCCGAUAAGCUCGAAGCUCUGCUGAAGGACUACAAGAAGACCAAUCCUAGACUGAAAAUUAUACUGAGAGUGUCCGAAGUUGAUAAGGAUCUCCGCAGCCUUCUAAAAUCGAAGCACGUCCAAGGUCUCGAACUUCACGAUGCCCACAAAACCCUCAACAGGACGAAGGUUGUGGAAACCGUGGAGGCUGCUCGAUCAGCCAUCACAGCAUCUGGUGGUGGCCCCCUCUUCCUGGCCCUCCCAGCCCAUCCUGAACUGCUGGCCAAGUACUACGACCUGAGGACCUUGGUGAAAAAGGUUGAUCUGCUGAUGGUGGAGACACAUGCCUUGGGACUGGUGAAGAAGAUGACGUAUCAUCCUAGUAGGUUGAGUGGCAUGUGGGAUAUGAUGAAUACUGACUCUGUGGUAGACCUAGUCAUUGGUCUCGGCGUGCCUUCAUCGAAGAUCGUCAUCAGUCUACCGGCGACUGCCCGUCAGUUCACACUGGUCAACGAGACCCUCAGUACUCCUGGCAGCCCUACUGAAGAAGAUGAGCCUAAGGAGAUUGAUCAAGCGGAACUGUGCAGGCAGUUGAGGAAUGGAAGAUGGACUCUGGAAAGGGAUCAGGAUCUGUCGGCGCCUUAUGCUUUUAAGAACAAAACUUGGAUAUCAUUCGAAGACUCAUCCUCAAUAGACGUGAAGGGUAAAUACGCGAGAGUCCGUGGCUUGGCCGGUAUUGCACUGCAUCGCGCUGACCGCGACGUGGAGUCUGCUUGCGGGCCAACCCUCAGGACUUCUCUGGCCAAGGUUCUGAAUCAGCAGAGCAGAGCACCUAGGGCUGCUGUACUGAGGUCCCUAGAGAACGAGAUCCUGUCAGCCCAGGGUCACGUACGUGCCCUCGACGCUCUCCAGGUGUCUCCCUACAGAAUCACGCAAGUUGUCGACUCUGAUGGCGUCAUUCACUCUAUAAGAGAGGACACUCGUACGGAGUUCUCUUGUUCUCGUCAAGGAUACUUCGUGCACCCUCGGUCCUGCGCCCGCUUCUAUCGUUGUGUCAAGUUCGACCAACUGUCUCCCGAAUAUACCGUGUUCGAGUUCGACUGCCCCGCGGGCCUGGCGUUCGACGCGCGCUACGAGGUGUGCGUGUGGCCGGGCAGCCUGCCGCACUCGCAGGCGUGCCCCGGCUCCUCCGAGAUCGCGCCCGUGCCCAGGACACGGUUCAUCUGUCCUGAACAUGAAGGUUAUUACGCCGAUCCUGAGAACUGUCGCUGGUUCUUCGCGUGUCUGGAUCACGGCAAGUCGCCGCUGACGGCCUACGAGUUCCGUUGUCCAUUCGGACUUGGUUUUGAUGCUGAGAAACUGAAGUGCGACUGGCCGUGGUUGGUACCGGCUUGUGGAAAUAUUGGAAGAUACGAGGCUGAGGCCCACGGGUUCUCUGCUGCUACUCUCACUGGUGCCGCAGGUUAUCAAGGCCAAACUGCCGAUGCUAUCAACGUCGCCGCCCAUCAAAGCCUGGUCUCCGGUGCUUCGCUCAACAACCUAGUUGGAAUUCAAGGAGGGUUCCUCACCAAAGACGAUGCAUUAGACUCUAAUUUCAUCGCUUCACAGGAACUGGCACAUGCUGCACACUCACACGAAAUCGGUGUUGGUGUCAAUCAAAUCAGUAGUGGUCAUGGUUCUGCCGAAAUCGAGAACGACUUUGCAUACCAGCUUGGAGAUCCAAGCUCUCUCAGCGGUCACGGUUUAGUCCAACCAGCGAAGUACUCAAGCGGAUCUAUUAUCUUAGAUGAUUUCAGACUGCCUACUAAAGAGGAAGCUCUCCGCCAUGGUGCACAGAGAGCAAAUAUUGGACAUACAACUAACACCUACUCAUCACAGACUGGACAUAAUUCUGGUUAUGUAUCUCAAGCCGGAGGCCGUGGCACCGCCCAGGCCGCAGGUUACACUGUAGGACAAAACGGAUAUUCAGGCUCAUACAACGCAGGUCAGGGUCAAAGUACAGUUCAGUACCAAAGUUCUAGUUACGAAGAUGACAAUUCUGGAGCCUACGUACAUGACCCCACAGGAGAUUACGCAGAGCCUUACAAACAUGUGGACUCACCAAUCGAGCCAUACGUACAUGACGGAGCUGCUUACAAACAGUCUGGUGACUAUUAUGACUCACCUCAAACUGGCUAUGAAGGCAAAUAUCUUGAUGACCAAAGUGGACAAUAUGUCCAGGACAACUCGGGAGCAUAUGUUGGGACUGGAAGCACUGGUUACAAAGGAGCUUAUUCUUCUGGCUACACUACUGGUUAUACUGCUGAUUCUUCUGGUGCUUACAAACAUGAUUACUCCGGUAUUGGGACUGGAAGCACUGGUUACAAAGGAGCGUAUUCUUCUGGCUACACUACUGGUUAUACUGCUGAUUCCUCUGGUGCUUACAAACAUGAUGACUCCGGGAAAUAUGAAGCUGGAGUUUACAGGGCCGACGGACAUAUCGGUGAGGGUAAAGCAACCAGUCAGUCCAGUUUCCAACAGUACCACGGCUACAGUGAAGCGAAUGCUGGCAACUACAUCAGCGACUCCAAAGCUCACACUGGUGCAUCACACAUUUUGACCGCGGGAGCUAUUAACGUUGGUCUAGUUGGAAAGACUACGUUAAUCGACGCUGACUAUAGCAACCAAGCCAAUUAUCAAGAAUCCAGUUCUCAAGGUUACAACCAGGAUCAGGGUAGCUACCAUGGAGAAGAUAGUCAAGUCUAUAGCCAAGAUGAAGGCUCUUAUCAUGGAUCAGGCUCUGAAGGCUACAGGCAGCACCAAGGCAAUUAUCAGGGAACAAAGUCAUUCAGCCACUCCUCCCAAACUUUACACCCAGCCCAUGUUUCGUACGUCUCUCAACCAGCUGUAGCCAUAAACCAUGUUGGGACUGACGGUAACAACCUUGACGGAUACAGUUAUGUGACCACUCCAACUUCCUCCGGAAUCCCAACCACUGCAACUCCAUUCGCAGUCACUUCCUCAAUACCAACCGUGACAUACAAGACCACAUUCGUUCCAGAGGCACCUAAGACAACUGUCAAGCAAAUAUUCGGCGUUUCUCAGCCUGCUGUGACUUACGUUCAGCCAACAGCUAUUGCUGUGAAGCAAGUCACUAAUCAAGUACAACAUAUUAAUCAAGGUCCGAGCUAUCAGUACGAAAGCAAAGACUAUUCUGAGAAUUACGAUGGUGCAGCUCAGGUUCAAUUUGGAUACGAUUAUUCGAAACCCAGUAUCAAGUUUGAAGAAGGUGUUUCACACACCACCGCAGCGCCAGCUAUUUCUGUAUCCACAUAUCAACCUGAAAGCAUAAGCCAUAACCACCAAACUGUUCAUCAAGUCGAAUCCGUCGGUUUUGGAUAUUCCACGCCUACGCCUGUGUAUGAAGAACCUUUCAAGAAGGUAGUAGCUUAUACUACUGGGCCGUCAGUGGCUACAUACUCUGAACCCACCGCUGCUACAUACACCCCUCAUUCAUUCAGUCAUCAGACUAUACAUAAAGUAGAAUCGAGCAAAGUUUAUACUCCAUCAGUCGAAUCAGCGUCGGUUGCUACUGGUUACGAUUAUUCAAAAUCCGGAGUUUCCUUCGAAGAACCCAAAGUAGUUCAGUAUACAACAGCACAGCCAACUCUCGCUGUCCAGCCAGUGGUCUCUACUUACCAACCGCAAGUGAUCAGCCACCAAACACUACACAAAGUUGAAGCCAACCGUGUCAACACAUAUUCAGGAGAUUCUUCAUCAGGUUACACAUACGAGCAACCUUCCGUUAAGUUUGAAGACGGACACAAUGUUUACUCAACUCCUGCACCAAUUGUAUCAUCGACUUACCGACCUCAAACCUACAGUCAUCAGACUAUCCACUUCGAGACCCAGAAAACCGUACCAGUUUCUUCUACACCUAAAUAUGAGGUCAGCUACCAGUCGACUCCAGUUACAGUCUAUGAAAAUCCUAUAAUUAAAUAUACACAAAAGGCUACCCCUGUAACUUACGUGGAGCCUACUUACAAAUCCCAGGCGUUCAGCCAUCAGACUAUACACAAGGUUGAAAAUAACAAGGCAUACAAUGUUGAAUCUGGAUACGAAUACGCCAAACCAGCUGUAGCUGUCCACGAGCAAGUUCAGUACACUACAGCCCAACCGGCAGUAGUGUCCACAUACCAACCGCAAGUAUACAGCCAACAGACGCUACACAACGUAGAUGCUAGUCAAGUUAAUACAUACACUAAAGAAACUGACGGUUAUGAGUACAACAAACCCGCUGUCAAAUUUGAGGAAGCUCCUAAGACUGUAUUCCAGUACUCUACUCCUUCGCCCAUAGUGGCUUCGACUUACAGGCCACAGACAUACAGCCAUCAGACCAUCCACAAAGUGGAAUCACAGAAAUAUGUUCCAGUGUCAUCCACUUCUGCUCCUAAAGUAGAUUUGUCGUACCAACAAGCCGUUACGACAUACGAAAAUCCUAUUCUUAAAUAUACAGUGAAGGCAACUCCAGUGACUUACGUCCAGCCGACUGCUGCGGUGUACACGCAGACUUACAAGCCUCUCGUUCAGCAACAUGAAGUCAAGCACAUUGUGAGCCAACCUGUGCAAUAUCAGCAGCAGCAACAACAGGUGCAUAUAAGCCAAGAAGGCUAUUCGUACAGUCAGCCAGAAAUACAAAGGAAUGUUGAAUCUAAGGGCUACUCCGACGCGAGUGCCGUAUCACACCAAGUAUACCAUCAAUCCAACGUAAAUAAUAAUUACAAAUCUGGUAAAGAUGUUGUGUUUGUAUCAACCACACCUUCUACUCUUGUUUACGAAAGCCACUAUGCUGAUUACCAAUCUCCGAAAGUAGACACAUACCAGGCUCCUGAGUACAUUCCACCUAAGAAUGACUACAAGUCUUACUCUGUUGUAUCGACAGCUUCAACGCCAGUGAUCCAUCAAAGUUCUGUUGUUCACCAAGCUCAGGAAUAUGUGGCUCCUAAAGUAGAGUUCCAAUCACAUUCAGGCUCUGUAAGUAGCCAAGGUAAGGAGUACGAGAACUACGAUACAUCUAAGACGGGUUAUAAAUCUUACUCUGUUGGUUCUGCAUCAGCCCCUGUCGUUCACCAGAGCUCUGUAGUACAUCAAACCCAAAAAUACGUCGCUCCCCAGACGAAUUACCAAUCAUACUCAGUAUCAACUGCUACAAACCCAUCUGAGGAAAAGUCCGCUGUCUACUAUGAAGAUAACUAUGACUAUUCGCAUCAAUACGACGCCAUUCAAAAAUCUGAGCAACAGGCGCAAAAAGUAGAAUCAAUUCACUUCUCGUUCCCCAGUUCUACAGCUACUCCGAAAUAUCAGCAAGUUGAAUAUCAAUCUCCAGAGAUUCAGGUUGUUUCAAAGGGUGAGGAAUAUUUGCCACCUGUAGUUUCGACUACCAGCGCACCUGUUGUAACGUCCACAUACAGACCUAGAACUUACUCUACUGUGUCGACUACACGGGAGUACCUGCCACCAGCAGAACCUAAAUAUGAAUACGUUUCAUCCACUACCGCCAGACCUAUUGUUGAGAAAACGGAAUCUUAUAAGGCAUCGGAAUACUUACCUCCUGCAGGUGAUUCUAAAUUGGUUAAUUUCGAGAGCUUCGGAUUCAACGACGCGAAUGCUGAUUCCAAUAUUCAGUACAAUCCUUAUCAACAGUUUGUGGGGUAUCCCGAUCCGGCUCCAAUAGAAAGGAAACAUAACAUCGUGGUUGAAACUGCCAAGUCUCAUUUACUUGGAUUUGGAACAGUAGGACCUGAUGCAGGGUUAGUAUCUCCAGUUACUUACACCACGGCAGCACCCGUUGUGUCAUCUACAUACAGACAAAGAGUUAAAUCAACAGCUCGCCCUGCUUAUAAAUACAGCACUACGACUGAGUACCAGGCUCCAGAAUAUUUGCCACCCUCAGAUGAUUUGAAAUCAGAGGUAAAUGACGAGAGUUACAGAUACAAUGGUCAAGACUCUAGGGUUGACAGCAAGUACAAUCCAUACCAAGAAAUCUCAGUGUCCACUUCGGCCCCAGUUCAAAGAAAACAGAAUAUAGUUAUUCAAACGGCAAAAUCGCAGCAAAUUGGUUUCGGUGCUGUGGACUCUGACGCUAUACUAGUCAAAACGCCAAAACCGGUUUCGUCCACCCACGCUCCUGAGGAGCAAGGUUUAUUCGAAGUCUUGCCUGUACGAAGAACGAAACCGAAAGUAGCAGUAGUUACUAAGAUCAAUGACUUCAAUCCUUUCCUUGUUCGCAAACUUGGAGCUGUCUGCAGCUGUCAGUCACCAGUUCUUGUUCUUAAGGGAAAGAGACCUACACAACAACAUAUUGACAACAAUGAUUACGAUGACUCUAACCGCGGAGACAUCAGUAACGGUGAUUACGGUCAGAGGUAUACUAAUAUUGAUGGUUCAGAUGUGCACUCAGUAGCAACUGCAGCGCCAAUUGUUUCCUCUACAUCUAAUCCUAUUAUUGUUCCCGACGAGUCAUUCUAUCACGAUUAUCAGGAUCAGGAAAGGUACAAUGUUGACGUUACACCUAAACCCAAGGCAGUAUAUUCUGAGAGUUACGUCUCAAGCACACCUGAAGUGUCAUCUACUACAGAAAGGUACCUGAGGGUCCGUCCUCGCGUGAAGGCCGUCACUGCAGCGCCUAAUUACAAAACUGUGUUGUUGAACCAAGAAGUAACACCAACUGUUACUAUCAAUGAGGGAUCUGAAUCUGGAUCGGCUAUUGAAUCUCAGGCGUUCGACCGUUAUGGUCCUGGUGGAUGGAGAAGCAGGGAUGAGACUCUGCAAGGAUCGGUGGACUGCCAGAGGGCUGGUCUGUUCCGUCAUCCGAAGCAGUGCAACAAGUUCUACGCGUGCAGGUGGGACUGCACUAAGCAGAGGUUCACGCUGCACGUGUUCAACUGCCCCGUGCAGCUAAGCUUCGACCCCAGCAUAGGCGCGUGCAACUGGCCCAGCCAGGGCCCCGCCUGCCAGGGCGACACACUCCUCACCAACGUUCUUUAAGUACCUUAACAUAGUUGCCAAUCUCGUCGUGCCAUCGAAAUUGUGAUAAAUUGUGAUCACGAAUAUUGUCUAACUCUAUCUCGAUACAAUUGGACGAUUUGUCUCUCUUUUGUUUAAGUUGCUUAUUUAUUUGUUCGGUUUUGUUAAUGUUAUUUCAUAGUUAUUUAUUACAUAAUAAUCACUUUUUCAGCUUACAACUCGCUUAUGCUAAGCCAUGUGUUUCAUUAUUGGAAUUAGAGUUACCAAUUUCUAGUUCAUGUUAUUGUAAAAUAGUGAAGUCAUAUUUUUUGUAUUUUUAUAAAUUAAUAUAGAAAUAAUACGCUGUAAUUUGUAAAUAUAUGAUUUUAUUCAAUGAA